AUUCCCGUCAUUAUGAAAACGUACGUUUCUUUUAAGUUUGUAGGUUUGUGAGAAGCUAUUAACAUUUUAAACGCUUUCAUAGAAUAGUCGAUCCUGACAUUUGUUCAGAAAAAAAAGUUUCAAAAUUAAGUGAAUAACUACUCAAGACAUGUAAAGCCGCAAGAACGUACUUAAAUAUAUAAGCGGACCCCAUUGUUUUCUUAUAAGAAGUUAGCCCUAUGUGGUUGACUUCAAAUAAUACUAAAUCCCUUUUAUUCUUACAGAAUGUCGAACCAGUCUUUAACCUUAAAAUGCGUUUAAAUGUUUACUUACAGAUGGAUUUUCUAAUACCGACGGGAGUUAUCCAAAAAAAUAUUGAUUUGUCCACACCUAAAUAUGCGUCAAAGUCCCUAAAUAAUUUAUUUAGACUGCUAGUAUGUCUAGAACAUGCUUUAAUUGCAAGACAGUUUAUAUUUACUUAUAGUCCCCACAUAACUCUGUUCAAACAAUCUAUUUUGGGCAGAAUUCUGAAAAAUUAAACUGCAAAUCAUUCUCCUCAAUUUCAAUAGAAAACCUGUGCUGAAAAAAGUUUUUUGUAAAAGGGCUUGCCGAGAUUCCUCUUAAAGUCGAUUUUUCCCAGAUGUAUACUCUCUUUAUGCUUCCACUAUACAAUCUACUUUUCCCUUAGGAAGUUUACGUGUUUCCGAAAUACAAUAUUUUCACGUAUGUGUUGUUUGUGUUGCAAUUAGCACAAACCAUAUGAUCAACGGAACCGUAUGUUUACCGAUUUGUAAAAUAUAGUAGAUUUAUUAAUCAUAUGCAGAAAAAAUACUAUUUGGAGUAAUAGCUUAUCACAAUAUCACCACAAACUUUGUGUGAUCUGUAUUUUAUAAAAAAUGUUUUGCCCUUUUGAAGUUAACCUCCGAAGUAAUUCAUUAUGUACGUAACUCAUCCGAAAUUCUGUAGAAACUUUAUAUUUAGUGAAAAACGAGACUCGAAUACUUUUAGGAUUUAAUAUAAAUCCUGUUAUGGUUCACAACGUUUAGCGUAAAACAUCUACACCUUAAAGCACCUUGUUAUUGACGUAACCAGUUAUGAAGCUUUUGGCUUCUCUGUUUUUCCCUAUAUGGGAAAAGUUAGAUGCUGAUACACUGUAGUUAAGCAAGCAGUAUGGAGUUAUCUUGAAGAAGCUUAAACCCCUGCUCCAUUGGUUGGAAGCAUCACACUGUCAUGUUAUUUAUCAUAAUUAAUUGUGCAUAAGGUAUGUUUUAUGUGUAAUACUUUCUUUAAUCACAAAUGAAUUUAACUCAUUUACUUUGUCAAGUCAACUUCUAGGAAGAGUAAAUUAGUUUAGAGACGGUAUAUAAAUACUUAUCCUUUGUUUUAGAAAUAUCUGCAAAAUCUCGGAAUUAAUGUAUAAUUUCAAUAAUCCAAGAGACCCCGUGCUUUCUAACGUAUUACUUCCUGUUAACGUGAUAUUAUAGCACAAGUAAAAUGAAAAAGUGGUUAUCUUGUAAAAUCUUCUUACAUUUUGAAAGUUCUCGUCUCAAAAUCUACACUCUCUUAAGUAAUACAAUAUCGUAUCAUAUAAUGGAUACUUGUCAUCAAAUGGAUUCGUUAAAGAUCAUCGCUAUAGUUGUUAAACAAUGUAGUUCAACUAUCCUCAAACUUGUUAAAUCUAGUGCCGAUUAGUUUAGCCUCCCUCCCAUCAAAUUUCCUCAACCGAUAUUAGUCUUCAAUUAAAGUCGACUAUCCCCAAACCAACAGGACCUCUGCAAAUCAUGUGGUUGAAUUUAUUUAGUACUGUUUAUUCAUAUACCUAAGUGUAACAAUUUCUUUUGACAUAUACCCCUUCAUUUUCCUUUUUUUUAUUUGACUUUUAGUACCGUACUUACCGCUAAAAUUAUUUGUACAAAAUCGAAAAUAAACGUCUAUACUGAACUUGUGAAUUUUUGCUUAGCAUGUCUUUAGCUAGAAAGUGGUGGGAUAAAAAUGAAUCAACUACCAAAAGGUAUUCAUCUGCCGAUAUACAGCCUAUUGGUGAAUAUUUACAAGAGAAAUUUUCUCAUGGAGUCGACUAUAAUAUGAAAAUUGUUAUACGCGGUGAUCGUAAUGUUGGAAAAUCAGCUUUACUUUCGCGCUUGAAGGGUGAACAGUUUAAAGAAGAAUACAUUCCAUCCAAUGAGAUUCAAUUGGCUAACAUUCAUUGGAAUCAUCAGAAUUCCCAAAGUGUAAUUAAAGUAGAAGUUUGGGAUGUUGUUGAUAAAGGUAAACCUAGGAGUAGUGCUUCGAAAGGCUUGAAAUUUUUCAACAAACUAACAAAAGGCCAACCUGUUAUCAAUAUUGGUGGACAGGCUGGUAAUAUUGAACCAUGUCUAGAUGCAAGUUUUAUUAAUGUCUACAAAGGUGCACAUGGUGUUAUCUUAAUGAUGGAUAUGACAAAAUCAUCGACAUUUGAAUAUGUAUGUCGUGAACUUGUACAAAUUCCUCCAAAACUGCCCAUAUUAAUUAUGUCAAAUUUCCAUGAUAUACAAGAACAACGUAAAAUCACUGAAGAACAAGUUCAAAUGUUCCUCAAUGAUUCUAUUAUGCAAUCAAAUCAGUAUAAUGUUACAUCUGAUGAAAAAUUCAAUGAGUUAUCAAGAAAUAUUUAUGUACAAAAGAGUUCAUCAUCAGAUCCGAUUCGCUCUAUCCCCGUACAAUAUUGUGAAUCUUCAAUGAAAACCGGUUUAGGUUUGAUGUAUGUGUAUAAAUUCCUGAAUAUACCAUUUUUAUGUCUACAACGUGAUGUACUGCAAUAUCAAUUGAAACGUAAUUAUGACGAAAUGAUUCAUGUUUUAUAUGAGUUAAGUCCAAAAACUGAUAAUCAGACACCAGAACAACGUUUUAGUUAUAUCGAUUCUGGUCAGAAGAGAACAACUGAUGAAUCGUCAUCAUCACGAACGUGUUCUUCUUCUUUUUCUGUGAUAAAAGAGAAUGUUGUAAACUUUCCAAUUAAAUUGACUGAAUCAAAUAGGACAACAGUAAUCUCUUUCAACCCAUCCAAUAUGAAUAAUGAAGAUAAUUUUGAUGAUAAUCAGAGUAAUGUUUAUAUGAAAAGAGAUGAAUACAAGACUAAUGAAAUCAAUGAACAGUUGAAACAGAAUCCAAUGGUGAUAGCAUUCAGUGAAGAAAUUGAUCCUGCCGAUAAUGAAAUAUAUUAUUUUAAUAACAAUACUAUUAGUAUUACUAAUAAUAAUCAUUCAGAAUCACCUACGGGAUCGUAUGCAACGUUUACUCCGAGUAGUGAUAAUGACAAUAAUGUUUUUAAUAUUAAUGAUGAUAAUUUACAUUUCGAAAAUAAUAAAAAAUUAUCCCAUGAAAUAAUGGAUGAAUUACAGUUGAAGUUACGCUUAGAACAAUGUCACUCUCAUGGGAAAAAAGUUAAUUUGGAUAAUUCAAAUCAGUUCAAUAGCUCCGAAUUAAAAGUUGUAGAUGGCACGAUGAAAAGUUCUGGACAACUGAGAAAAUCUGAGUCUGGACAAAAUAAGAACACAAACGAACAGGAAAGUGUACUUCGUACGAACUUAAAAAACGAUAAAGAUUUGUCAAUAUCUAAUGAAAAUAUAAUUAUACUACCUACAGAUGAUGAUGCCCUGGAAAAAUUUCUUGAAGAUAGCUAAUAAAAACAAAACUCCAAAUCGUCUUUCUUUUGUGCUCCUUUAAGUGGAAUCCUAACUUUCAUCCUUAAUCUUUUGUACAAAGAAAUUAAAUAUACCUUUCCUAUUCUCACAUUGGAUGCUCCUAUUAUUCCUAACGUUAUUUAUUUAAUUUUAUUCAAAUGAUUACAAUCCAACAAAAUAGUAUGCAGAAUGAAGUUACUCUGGAAUCGAUAAUAUAUUUAAAUUGAUUAAGAAUUUCUCCGGAAAUUUGUUUGCUAUGCUGAUCAAAAUGAUAAACAAGUGCCAACUAGCAUGAAACCUAGGUCGUACUCUAGCAUUAUAGUGAUAUUACAAGCAGAAA